CCAGGGAGGGAGAAAAAAAGCAAAUGUAGAAUAUGUUUGAUAUCUAUCCGAUUAUUUAGUCGAUAUUAUAAUUGAUAUCUGUAUGAGAGAUUUGCAAUGUGUCGACAAUAAUGACGAAUUUCCUAGUAAUACUUUACACAUGUUAAUGAACAGAAUAACACUUUGAGAGUAGAUUAGGAUUUAUUGUGAGAUAUUUGUUAUUGCUACCUAUGACAAUACCGGGGUAUCGGAAAAAAGCGAAAAAGCGGUUACGACUACUCGAUUCGUUUCUUUUAUGGAUCUCUAAAAUCCUUAAGUGUUAAUUAAGUUGUCGAUUUAAUUUUAUCCAAUAUACGUUAUUUUUCGACAACGAUUGAAUGAUUUUAAUGAAAUAUUUCUAUUUAUUGUUAUACAUACGUACGUUUGAUAACUAUAUAUCAAAUUAUUCUACAUGUACAUUCGUGCGUUAGAUAUACACAAACAUAUAUGUAUAUACGCAUAUCUUGCUUGGAUAUGAACCUUUUUUCGAUGAUAGAGAGACUGUGCUGAUAAUAUUACAAUAGAAGUCACGAUUAUGUCGUCUUCUAUCUGACAAUAAUAUUCAAUAAUAUUCAAUAAUAUUCAAUAAUAUUCAAUAAUAAAAUGCUAAAUAUCCUUUAUUUUUAUCUUUCGAAAUGUUAUUCGAAAGAAUUCGAAAGAAAUUGUUAUGUAUCAAAUAUCAGUUGACAAUGCGAUACGUUUUUCUUCCGAAAACGAUUCGCUGCUAUUGUUUCGUCUUAACAAAUUUGUUCUGUAAUCGCAAAUAUGUAGAUCGUAAUUGUGGCAAGACAAAUUCCAGUAACAUUAUUUCGUUAAGAAUAAUUCGUGUACUAUAUGUAAUAUUCACCAUUAUACAUUGGAGUAGUAACCGGCCUAAAGUUAACACGCGGUUUCAUCUUUGAUGAAAUAUGGGAUGAUAGUAAUGGGGAUUAGGAUUUGGGAAAAAAUAUAAUGACUUCAUUCUAUAAUGUGAAAUUGAUUAUAAGAAUUAUUAUACGAAAUAUCUAGGAUAAGUUCUAAUGCUGUUCGUACAAUAAUACUGAUGCAUCAAUAUAUGCAUACAAAUAAGUAUAUAGAUACGAGAAAUGAUAGUCAAAAUGAUGACGAUGAUAAUAAUUUAACGUGACAAUAUACUUAAACUUAUUAUAUAUUAUAUAUUAAAAAUGCAGAGUGUACCGAUGCAGAGCUUGCUAACAAUCUGCAAACAAUUUUGCAAACAAUCGGUUUGCUAUAAUUGUAUGCUUUUCGAGCUUUAUCGUAAGCCCGACAAGUAGGAAAGCAUUUCCAUUAAAUUCCAUUAAAUUCCAAUAAAUUCAAAAGAGAUAUGUAUAUUUUCUAAAAAACAUAUGCUUCAUUAUGUUUCAUUUGUAUAAGUAUCAUUGUAAUAUACAUAAAUCCACGUUAAUUCAUUAAUUUUUAUUUUUCUGCCCUAUACUUUAAUCGGUACACUUGGUAGAUAACGCUUUAUAAUAAUUAGCUUUAUAUAAACAUAAGUACCUACAUAUACAUGAUUCGAGUUGAUUCACAUCUAAUAUACGAUAAGAGUAAUCAAAUAUAAUGGAAAAUAGAAGAAUAUAUAUGUGAAACAAACAAAAGAGAAAUGAAGAAAACGAAGAAAACGAAGAAAACGAAGCUAAUGAUAUUGUCGCACGAUAAUAAUUAAAAUAUUCAAUAAUAAUAAUAAUAAUAAUAAUAAUGAUAAUGAUAGUAAUAAGAUUAGUUAUAGGGGAUGAUAAUAUUAUAAUUAAGAUACUCUUAUGCUAUUGUCGGAAAAGCAGAUUGCGCAAGUGUUUAUCUAACAAUAAGAACAUAUAUAUAUAUAUAUAUAUGUGUAGCUGAAUUUGAUUGUUAUUAUUAUUAUUAUUAUUAUUAUUAUUAUUAUUAUUGCUAUAAUAGACAAUAACUUUGACAAAAUUUAAGUGCAAAUAAAAGUAAUACAUUUUAACAACAAUAAAAUUACAAAUGGAAAAGAAUUCUCUUUCGUCGUGCGAUCGUCUUAUCACGAUCGAUAAAUGUUAUCUUUUUCAAUAUACACAUAGAUACAUAUGUUUAUAAUUCAAUCGAUGCUUUUUGAAAAGAAAAUUUCUGGAGCUUCGUUGAUCAUCCUUUUUCCUAUCUAUUCUUUCUCUUCCUUACACCCUUCUAGUUAUUUCAUAUACGUACAUAUAUAUGUAUGUUAUUCGCUUCCACGCUUAUUUUUACGUUUUUCCUUACCACUAUUUAGAGACGAUCGUACGCAACGAGAUAGAUAAGCAUAUUAAUUGUGAUGAAAUGAUUAUAAUUAAUGGCUUUCGAUAGUUUGCCGUUAGUAAUAUGUAGUAUGUAUAUAUAUGUAUGUACUAAUUUUUUGACGUUCGUACGUAUGACCAAAAUUUUAUUGUCUGACACCCAAGAUGGGCUUUCCAAAUAGCAUAGCGUUCAAUCUCCAUUAAUUACGAAGUAAGAAGAAAAGAAAAGAAAGAAACACGUAUAAAAAUUCACACGGAAUCGUAUGCAGCGUAACGCAACGCAACGUAACUCAACGCAAAUGCAAACGCAAACUCCAACGCAAACGAUCUCUCAUUGUUAUGUUGUAUUUUUGUUUUUUCGUGAAAGUUUAAAAUUAUAAGCCUCCGCGCGCUAGAAGCGACGAACCUUGUCAGAAAAGAGAGAGAGAGAGAGAGAGAGAGAGAGAUGGAGAGAGAGCGUUUUGCGUCACGCGAACCGUUUUGUCAUUUCGUCUGCUUCCUGUCCCAAGAAGUACUAGCUAGACUAUUUCCUAUGCGAUUUAAACGUUGCGUUGGGUACGAAUCUUCCAUUCCCGCUUGUCAGUUUGUAGCUUCUGCCAUAUUUUUGUAUUAAAUUAACAUUAAUAACAUAAGAUUCAUUUGAUAAUAAUGAAAGAGUUAGAAAUUUCUACUCUAGAUGGAGAAAUUAAGGUUUAAUAUGUACAUAGACAAAUUUGAUUUCAAUUAGUAAAUGAAAAAGACCGAUAAAGGUGUUUCCUUCCUAAUCUUUAUUUACUAAUGCAUCUAAAAUAAUGCAUUAACUCGACUUAACGAGAUUAUUUAAAUCUAUGUCUGUGUUUCUAAAUCAAUCCUAGAUUCAUUCUAAUGUGUCACGAUUAGCAUUCACUUCUAGUAUUUCCACGUUCCACCAUUAAGUGAGAAAAGUCUUCACUUUUUCUCGGACAAUAAAUAUCUAUUGUUUAGAUAGCUUUAGAUAGCUGACGAUUGAUAAAUUCCUCCUCUUAUUUUAAUUCAUUAUUGCAUAGAUGUAUCUAGUACGUAAUAUGUAGAGAGUUACAACGCACACGAGAAAGGAUGAUUAAUUCGUAUGUAUAUCUUCUUAUGUAUUGUACAAUGAAUGGAUGUAUAUGUGCGCGUGUGUGUUUGUGUGUGUUUGUGUGUGUUUGUGUGUGUGCCUGUGGAUGCGUGCACGCGUGUGUAUGUGUGUAUAUAAGUAUAUUUAUGUACGUUCUACGAUUCAACGUUCUAAUUAGAAAGAAAAAAGAAGAGAACGUAAGAAUGUUCAAGUAAUCACCGAGUUCGAAAUAAUAAAGAUCAUUUUGGCGUUUAAAUUUCUCGUACGACGUUUAAGGAGAUCAUUCGUUUUCAAUGUAGUUUCCUCUUCCUGUUCCUCUUUCCUUUUUAAUUGCCACUCGAAACGUGGAAAAAAAGUGGAAAAUUGCCUACAUACUAAUCCAUAUUUAUGAUAGUUGGCAGAAAAAGUUCAUGAUUUAGAAUUAUUUAUUUAAUAGUAAAUGCCAAAGAGGAUACUUCCAUUAUUUUUUCGCUUCUAUGACUAAAUAGUUUGAAUAGAAUUGUGAUACGAUUGGUUAGCCAAUACAAAUAGCAAUUUUAUUGAAAUGAAAAUGAUCUCUUAUUAACUUUUUGUCUCUUUCUUACGUUAUUAUUAUUCAUAUCGUUUCUUAGCCAUUGUUUAUAAAAUAAAGAUUGACUCGAUUAAUUGUUAUGUUGAAAACUGCCGAAAAAAACUGUAUAAUAUAUUUGAAGUAUAUUCGACUUAAAUCGAUUAAUUAAAAUUCAAACAACGAGGUGAAUUUUCUCCAACCAGAAGAAUUUCAGAUCUGAAAGGAAGAGUAAAGAAUAAAAGAAUAGUAGGGGAAAGUGAGUUCUCCACGUGUUCGCCGAUGGAACGAGAGCUCAUUCGAGUUCGUUCCUCUGUAAGUUCCUCAUUGCAGUGCUUUCGGCCACUCGGAGGCCCAGCACGCAUGUUUUUCUUACACUUUGUUCAUUACGCGUUUCGUUGUUCCCCCUCUUUCUCUCUCUCUCUCUCUCUCUCUUUCUCUCUCACAUACAACAAAAAUUCAGCGAGUAUAGUUGAUAUCAUCGAACGUGCUAGUUUUGUUAACAUUUUGCAAAAGCAUUUUGUUCAAUCUUAAUAGUGUUUUAAUCUUCUACGUACCUGAAUGCUAUAUUACGAAUACGAAUCAGAGGAGUGCGGGAGAUGGCGAUCAAUUUCGAGAGAUAUCUUCUUUUUCUCCUUCUCUUUUGCUCGAUCUUGAUCCAUCAACAUAACGUAAGCGCACAGAAUAAAACCCUGAAGGACCUCUUCAACAGUACAUCGUGCGCUAAGCCACCUUUUGAGUGUCCACAUCCUCAAAUAGAAUUUUAUUUGUACACGAGAGACACGCAAAAAAAUCCUUUACUCUUGGACGUCCGAAGUUUCGACUCACUCUACUAUUCUAGAUUCAACAAAUCCAAUCCAACGAAGAUCAUUAUUCACGGCUUUGGUGGAGGUAGAAACUUGGCACCUAGUACGGAUCUAAGACGUGCGUACUUUAGUCGAGGCGAUUACAAUAUCAUUAUUGUCGAUUACGGCACGUUGGUACGCGAGCCUUGUCUCUCUCAGAUACAAUGGGGCCCUGAUUUCUGUUCCCGAUGUAUUGCGCAAUUGGUUAGGUACUUGAGGGAUCAUCCUCGAGGCACAAGGGUGGACAAUAUUCAUGUUCUUGGAUAUAGCGUAGGUGCUCAUAUCGCUGGACUGAUAGCCAAUUAUUUGCCUGACGAUAAACUCGGCAGAAUAACGGGGCUCGACCCGACGAUAUUUUUCUACAUGAACGGCAAUCGUUCGAUGGAUUUAGACGAAACAGACGCCCAUUUCGUCGACGUUAUACAUACUGGUGCAGGAAUUUUAGGACAGUGGGGACCGAACGGACACGCGGAUUUUUAUGUCAAUGGCGGAUCUAGCCAACCCGGAUGCGCAACCUCUUCUCUACUCCAAACUCUCUCUUGCGACCACACCAAAGUAACACCGUAUUACAUAGAAUCGAUCACAACGAAGAAAGGAUUUUGGGCAGCACCCUGCGGCAAUCUCUUUUCUUAUCUGAUCGGCUGGUGCAAUCCGCCAUUGGAGAACUACAUUCUCAUGGGAGAGGACGCUCCACAUACGUUAGUCUUUAAUAUCCAUAUACAUAUAGCAUCUAUUGAAACAGAGAGAUUACAUUAUUAUAUGCAUAUUAAUCUAUUAUUUUGUUUCAUCGUUGUUACAUUCGUAAAGAGCACGAGGCAUCUUCUAUCUGUCAACAAACGCACACAGACCGUACGCCCGAGGACUUCCCGCAAAAAAGCAGCAACAGAUAAAUCGGAAGCGAUCGUCUUACCGCCAGUAUUAAGCUUGCUUAAGCAGCUCAUCAAUAUAAUUAUAGAAUAGCGAUCAUUUAUUUAUUUUUCUAAGUCUAACAAGAGUGUAGACAGAAAAAUAACGCACGCAAGACACGCUUUUAUUUUCCUUAGUUCUAUUAUUUUGUCAUGACUACUUUUUUUUACCACAGGAACAAUACGAAUAAAUUCAUUUUUAGGCCAAUCUAUGAAUAAGAAUUAUUGAAAACAUUAUAAUAACCACCAUAUGAAUAUGUAUUUAUGUAUUAUCGAUACGAUAAAGGUUGCUUUUCAUUUAUUUAAUAUUCGGCGUAUCAAUUUCGUUCAUCUGUAAAAGUAUGAGAGUAUACGAUUAAGCAACUUUACAAAUUUACACAUAUAUUUAUAUAUGUAUGUAUAUAUGUAUGAAGGUGCUGGGAGUUUAUUGAAUUUCUCAUUAAAAAAAUUCACUUACCUUAUCCGUCAUCGUUUCUCGUUGCCAGACAACGUGCUCAUACAAUUUUAUGUUAACAACAAUAUUUAUUAUAUAAUAAUUAAGGACAUAAUAAUAACUUCUAUGGAUUUACAUUGUCGCGCUAAACCUUAAUAUGUAUGUAUAAUAUGCAAUGGAAUGAUUACAAUUUCCCGA